CGCGAAUAUCCACAACGAAUUUGGUUACAGUCAUUGAGCGGCGUCAGCUUUGACUCAAGGACUCCGUCUGUACGGAGUAUGGCGAGCGACAAGCAUCGAGACAGUCAGGAUGGCAACAGAGGCGAGGGAAGAGACCGUGAUCGAGAGACCGAGAUCAUGACCAAGAUCGGAGCAGGAGACGGGACCAAGACCGAGGCAGGGAAUUUGACCGGGAGCGCGACGGGGAUCGCGAUCGGUACCAGAAAUGAGGACCGCCUAGGUGUUUCAAGUGCGGCAAAGUUGGGCACUAUGCGAACCAGUGUGGCUGGUUCGAGACACCAUCGACGUCGGGUGAUUCUCACCAUGGCCGACCAUUCUCACCAAGGCGAGGAUACCAAGGAGUAUAUCCAACUCAAACGCUCCAAGAAAGAAGAGAAAGAAGCUAUGAGGAAGGAGAAGGCGCUCGCCAAGCAACGUGAAGAAGAAGAAAGGAUGGAGAGAGAACAAAGGAUGGCACGGAAGAUCGAGAAGGAAAAACGGGCGGAAAUUAAGCAGAUGAAGUUGGCAAAGUAUGUUGAUGUGCAGUUGUCGCUAAAGAUUGGUGAACUGCGGGACGAAAUUCGUCAGGAACUACGCAAGGUAAUACGAGGAAAGAGCAAAGAGAAGGCGCCAGUACCAAGCGACGAUGACUCAGACAACGGGAGCGAUGACGACACCGAGGAUUUGAGUGCUAGAACCGGCCAGUUAACUCUCAAUGAAGAGAGGAAGAGAGGGGGGGACCCUGGAUUUGAGGACAACCCCCCUAUGGUUGGUCCACUGAAACGCACGCCUGCAUGUCAGACAGUGAUCGUACCAACCAAGCUAACCCCGAGGCUGAAGUCCCGAACCCCGAAGACGAAGUUGAAGUCUAGUAUGAAGGUGAGAGUACGGGGUCGUCCUACAUCGAGUAAGAAGAUACCGGCGGAGUGCAGGGAAGAUGGAAAGUACCGUUAUCUCGAAACACUGAGGCGUGACCUGAUCGAUAUGGACGCCAAGACGAUGGAAUCUAUGUGCAAGGACGUUGGGAUCGACUAUAGCGGAAAGAUGCAUGCCAUCUUUGACAUUGCAAAUCAAAAGGCUAACGAGGCAUAUGGUUCGGGGCAUGAAUCCGGCGCGGCCGAAAAGGAAUCUGUUGAAGACGAAGCGGACAACAGGAGUGCAAACGAAGGAAAAAAUGAAGACGCGACUCUGAACCAAGAGUAAGGGUGCGCGCCUCUGCGGCGUCAAUACCUUUACCUAUGUAACGUGCGGAAGAAGCUUGAUGUCGUGGAUCCUACCAUCGAGGCUGUAACGAGACUCU